AUGCUGGCGCGGAAGCGCCCUGCGGCGUCCGACUUCGCCGCUUCCCGCUACGCUGCUGAUGUUUGGGGCCUCGCGGGAGGCAGGGGCAAGCGCGGCCGCAGGAAGAGGACGGCCGCCGCGGACGAAGGGCAGCAGGUGGAAUGUAGAGAUUACUCCAACUGCAACAAGCGCAACGAGGACGCGUGUAAGGACCUGCUGAUUUCUCUGGCCACGGAUGACUUGCGAGGGCGCCUGACGCGCAGCCGCUACGACCUGGGGGGUUCCCGGCGCCCGGAACGGCUGAGACAGAUCGAGGCGGGGAAAGCGCUCGAUGACAACUGGUUGGAGGAGGCGGCGAGUGUCUUCAACGUCCCUACCCGCAAGAGGAAGCAAAUGCAGGUCGUGGAAGACGUCCUGGAGGCCGUGCGACAGACCCGACAGCGGGCCCCGGGCACGGCGACCGCCAUGGACGCCGAUCGCAGGGAGGCGACGCAGAGGGAUAUCCAGAGGCCGCAAGGUGUCGACGCGCUGAGGGAUGAGCUGCUAGUCAGAUCUAGUUCGGAGGAUCUGCGCCUGCGCGUGGUGGGCGAGUGCCUCCAGCGGCGCGGAGGCUGGCCCGCCGAGGCAGCAGACCUCGGCGGCGACGCCCCGGGGCCGUCUGGCGAUUACACCCCCAGGGUCAGCCGGGCGGCUUCGCCGGGCGCCAUGCUGGCGCGGAAGCGCCCUGCGGCGUCCGACUUCGCCGCUUCCCGCUACGCUGCUGAUUUUUGGGGCCUCGCGGGAGGCAGGGGCAAGCGCGGCCGCACGAAGAGGACGGCCGCCGCGGACGAAGGGCCGCAGGUGGAAUGUAGAGACUACUUCUACUGCAACCAGCGCAACGAGGACGCGUGUAAGGACCUGCUGAUUUCUCUGGCCACGGAUGACUUGCGAUGGCGCCUGACGCGCAGCCGCUACGACCUGGAGAGUGCCCGGCGCUCGGAACGGCUGAGACAGAUCGAGGCGGGGAUAGCGCUCGAUGACGACUGGUUGGGGGAGGCGGCGAGUGUCUUCAACGUCCCUACCCGCAAGAGGAAGCAAAUGCAGGUCGUGGAAGACGUCCUGGAGGCCGUGCGACAGACCCGACAGCGGGCCCCGGGCACGGCGACUGCCAUGGACGCCGAUCGCAGGGAGGCGAUUCGCAGGCGCACGUGGAGCUCCAUGGCCGCGUUGCACGAGGCGAAGGUCUGGGGUAUGCGCGCGACGCAGAGGGAUAUCCAGAGGCAGCAAGGUGUCGACGCGCUGCGGGAUGAGCUGCUAGUCAGAUCUUGUCCGGAGGAUCUGCGCCUGCGCGUGGUGGGCGAGUGCCUCCAGCGGCGCGGAGGCUUGCCCGCCGAGGCAGCAGACCUCGGCGGCGACGACCUCUGGGCGCGCCGCUAUUUGCACAGCGCGAUGGCCCGAAGGUACGCCAGCGCCUCCACUGGCGAGCAGCUCUUGCCGGGCGACGUGGCGCGGUGGCAGCAGCUGCUCGACAGGAUCCCGGAGGCGCAGCGGCCCACCUGGCAGGCGGACCCUCUGCGCCAGCAGUUGCAGGCCCACUACGAGGAGCAUGGCCACCUGAACGUGAGGCCCUCGACCAGGAGGGCCGACGAUCCCGAUCGCCUUCUACUCGAAGCUUUGAAGGUCCUGCGCCGCGCACGGCUGGAGGAUGUCAGGGGCGAGCGCGGCCAUCUGCUGCGCCGGCAGCUCUCGCCCGGGGACAUGGCCGCGUGGGAGACGGCGGUCCCGGCCAACGUGUUGUGGGGCACGGUGCGCCAGGCCGAGGCGUAUAUCCCUGGCAGCGCUAUUCUCGGCAGCCGGUGCGAAUGGCCCAGAGAGCCCGUCUGCUGCCAGCCGUGCCCGUGCUAUCUUUGCGGCCAGGACUUCGCCACGAAGCAGUUGUUGCAGGAGCACUGGCGCGAGGAGCACGUGAACCUGCCCGAGGCCGAGCGGGGCUUGCUGGCGCCGCGGCGAGUGGAGGAAGAGGUCCGAAAGAGAAUCCUUGCGGACGAACAGCUGGAGGGCCCCUUCGAGGUCCGGGGCGCCGAGCAGCGCCGCGCGCUCGGACGCUUCGCCGAGAACCAGACGCAGAGCCGACCGGGGGGUGCGUGGGCCGGGCACUUCGAGAGCCAGCAGACCGCCCCGACCACCUGCCGCGCUCUGAGCGGCUGCGUUGUCUGCGCGCGCUCUUUCUGGCUGGAGGAACUCUUCGACGCGGACUUGUUCGUGGAGCCCGUGGACCCCGAGCUGGCAGCGGGCGCCGGCGAUCCCGCGGCGGACGGCGCCCAGGGGCACGGCGCGGAAGGCGCGCCGGCGGACGCGCCUGCGCGUCAGCCCCGGGGGCACCCGGAGCCGCCGCCCGCCGAGGACGCGGCCCCGCCGCGCCGGCCUCGCUUCGCGGUGCGGCCCGAGGCCGCCGCGAAAGUCCACGCGCUCCUCUCCCCGUUGCGGGACAUGGAGCUGCGAUCGCUAGCCAGGGGCCGCGUGUGCGUGAACAAGAUCAUCGCCGAGCCCGAGAAGAGAGGCCCUCGAGACGAACGGCAGGGGGGGCUCGUUGGGAACUUUAUCUGUUUCCCGCAGGCGAAGGCGGCGCGCCUGGAGACGUCUCGCAAGGUGGAUCUCCUGCGCAGCGCCGAGCUGCCCGCCCCCCCUGCCGAGGCGCAGCGAUUCCUCGCUGAGUCCGUCGUCAUUGCCCUGGCAGGGGCCGACGUGGACGACCUCAGCAAGGCCCGGUGGGCCAACGUGCGCAAGGGCGAAUACAUGGGGGCCGCCAGCUUCCUGACCUCCCAUUCGGUCUCGUACAACGACAUGACCUGCAACCAGGACAGGGCAGACGCCGUCAUGAGCGACGCCGGCGCCGUCCCCGAGGCCGUGCGAAGCAUCGCAAUCCCCAUUGAGGUCUCCGAGCAGCUGAAGCACCGGCUGGAGGGCCCCGCCGACGCCUGCGCCGGGGCCGACGAGCAAGUCGUCAGGGUGGACGGGGAGGAGUGCGUGUCCGAGCACGAGGCAGAGGAAGAGGAGGGGGAGAACGAUCUCAACGCCGCGCUGCCCGACCCGGACUUCCCCGCCGAGGCGCUCCCGGCGAUGUCUUUCUGCGCCGAUGCCGCGACCGGCGGCGACCUCGACGAGCUCCAGGCGAUCCGCAAGGUGCACGGUGAGCUCGAGGCUCUGCAGGAUUCCAUGCGCGAGGAGGCCUCCGGCAUAGGCUACCCGCGCCGGCGCCUCAUCAAGCAGCUUCAGGUCAGCGCCAGAGGCAUGCUGGAUCGCGGCUUGGCGGACAGGAUCCACCACCACCACAAGACGGUGACGGCCCUGGAGGAGACGGGCCAACGGGCGGCGGCUCCCGGAGGCGCGAUGGAAGGGUAUGCCCAGGGCACUGCCGCACAGCCGCUCUCGAUGUACAGCCCCGAGCUCUGGUCCAUGUGCUUCCCCGACAAGUUCCCGUACGGCGACGGCGUGUUCGGCUUGUCCAGGACUGCGCCCAUGUCGUUCCAUCAGUGCACGUCAAUGCACUUGGUCCGCGAGGAGCUGGUGUACCAGGUCACGCCCGAAGAUUUGGCCGCGGCCGCCGCUUGCAAGGCGUGGGUCGAGACCGCCGCGGACGGGCCCGGCGCGACCGGGCAGUCUCGCCCCUCCGGCGGCUCCUGCGCCUGCCAGCAGUGCAGAGAGGCGUGCCGGCGCUACGUCGCGCCCGAGCAGCCGCGCUGGGGGGCCGACCGCGAUCUCAUCUGCUGCUACUACGACGCCGGGCGCCGCAUCGAGCAGAUCCGCAGGGCCAGGGGCCACGUGCACAGAACGGGCUUCCAGGAGCGCCUGGAGAAGAUCUGCGCGGCCUCCACGGAGAAGCUCGAUGCCGCCGUGCAGAGCCUAGGGCCGAAUGCGUCCCUGAAGGACGCGAUGCGGUCCCCCGCCGUGGACCAGGACGUCAAAGACGCGCUCUCCGAGCUCAUGGUGUUCACCUCAGAAGUUCUCGGCUCGGACGGCGCGCGCGCGAAAUUGCGCCACGAGCAGAACGGCUUCGCCCUCAUGUUCGGCGGCGCCGGUGGCUUUCUGACUCCGAACGUCGCGGACGUGCGGAGCCCCAUCUUGCUUGCCCUGCACGCGGCGGGGGGCUGCGAGACCCGCGCCGUGGACCUCCUCGCGGAAGCCCCGGACAUGCCCUCCGCGCGGAAGAUGCUCCAGAUCGUGGCGCAGGACCCGGUGGCCCAGGCCCGCUUCUUCAUCUUUAGCAUGAAGCUUUUCUGCGAGCACGUGCUGGGCACCGGCCCCUGGGACUUCCACCUGCGCCACAACGGCCGUUGCGACGGGGCGGCUUUCCCCGAUGGCUUCGCCACUUCGUGCACGGGCGGAGCCUUCCUCAUGUUGGCGGCGCUGCACGGGCCCAUCGAGGAGCAGGCCCGGCUGUCCAUCCACCCGCACAUCCUCCUGUGGUUCGUGCACGCGCAGUCCGAGCAGUGGCUCCGGUGCGUGCUCAACAGGGAGACCGAGGAGAUCCGGCAGCGGCUCCGCGUGUGGCAGGAAAAGACCUUGGCCGCAGUGCAGUCCAUGCAGCUGGACUCAGCGGCCGUGCUCCCGCUGCUCCUCACCGACGACCCCGACCGGGCGCCCGAGCCCAGGAACACGCCCUUCUCCGAGAAGCUGCAGCGGGAUUGCCGCAUGGAUGGGGAGCUGGAGCACGACGUGGAAGAGCCGGAGAAACGGCGCGUCUUCUUGGCCACAGAGCCCCCAUUCGAGGACCACCACCUCCGACGGCAUCGGAUGUCCUUGGCGCCCGAGGCGCGACCCAUGAGCGAAUACAUGGUGCCCCAGACGGGCGCCCAGCUCUGUCGCCUCGAGCACUACAGGCUGCUGCGCCCGACCACGGGCGACGACCUGGAGACCGCGGCGGGCCGGAGCGCGGAGGCGGCGGCCUGGGCCGCGCGCUACGCCGAGGAUUACCGCCAGGACAUCGCCGUGGGCCAGAUGCACCAGCACAAGGACACGUGCUUCAAGUACGUUGUCGAGAAGUCCAUGCGCUUCGCGCGGCACUGCCGCUUCAACUUCUGCCACUUCGUCAAGCUCUGGCUCCGCGUCGGCGACGGCGGGGACUCCUCGGCGCAGCAGAAGCGCCCCAAGAAGCUGGUGACCUUGGCGCGGACCGGCAAAGACCUCGUGCUGCCGCGGGGGCCAGGGGAACCGGAGCCGGAUAUGUUCCCCCUGGACGAGGACGGCGCGCCCGUGCCCCUGCGCCCCGGGCGCAAACUCGGCCCGGUCGUCAACGUCGAUCCCGACCAUGGGAAGCAGGGUCUGGUCAUGCCCAUUCGCUGGAACCCGAUGGAAGGCAGCUCCAACGGCGUGGCCCAGACGGCGCUGAACUGCAACGUGGACUUCCAGAGUAUGAUGCGCACGAUCAUUGACGGAUUUGAUGUCCAGAUGCGGGACAGGCUGCGCGACCCGCCCCUCUCGGCGGACGACGAGGCCUCGCUCCAGGCGGAGGAGGACGAGAAGUUCGAGGCAAGCUUCGCCGCGAACAUGGAGAAGCUUGCGGCCGCCCGCAAGAGGGCCAACAAACCAGAGCUGGAAUAUGAGGAGGCGGAGAUGAGGCUCCGGCAACAGCGAGCCGCUCGCAGGGCGGCGUAUCUGAGGUUGGGCCCGGCCGAGCGCUUCAGGCGCAGUAUCAAAGCAAUGACCGUCACCAUUAUGAAGCAGUCCGUUCAGGCCAUGUUCUACGCUUGCGACUACUCCACGAAGCCGAACAUGACCUGCGCGCCGCUCCUGGCCACCGCUGCCAACCAGGCCAUCGUGAAGGGGAACUGCCUCAUGGUCAUGCAGAUGCUCACCCGACGCGAGGUGCUGCGCUCCCACUCCACCUGGCAGUUGAUGAUGAAGAACGCCAUGUGGCUGGCCUUCGAGAGCCGACGAAUUCGGCAGGGGUUCGACGAGCGCGAGCAGCUGCACGAGGCCACGGUGCUCCUCGACGCCGCGGAAGUGGACAGCCAGGCCACUGACUCGGACGAUUGUGACAGCGAGCCCGAGGAGCGCGAAGAGAGCGCCGACGGCGACGCCGCCGACGAGGCUUCAGACAUCCCAAAGGCACCGCGCAAUCAUGCCGAUUGCACCCGCAGGGUCGCGGCCGCGGGCGGCGCGCCCACAGACGAUCUCUUCGCGGCGCGCGGGGAGCGCGGCCCUUUCUUGGCCGAGGAGGCCACGGACGAGCCGCAGCAGAGAAACGCGGGGGUCCGCCUGAAGAGCAACAGCUACUACGACGACUACUUGCACCGCGGCUCCGCCGAGUUCGGCGCGUCGGGUCGAGCGGCGAAGACUCCCCUGGCCUCCAUGUCGUAUUACGACUACGGCAUGUGGGUGCGCGUCGUGCCCGGGGACCCGAACGCCCUGGCGCCAGACGAGUACGCUUUCGCCGGCCACUACGGGAAGCAUGCCGACUACGUCCAGCAGCUGCGGGCCGCGCCGGCCGCGCCGUACAUCUCCGGCUUCACGAUGCCGACCGAAGAGAAGGACCCGGAGACGAACGCCUGUUUCAAGCAGCAGCUCGUCCUGGCGAAGCGGGCCGACCAGGCCCUGCAGCGCUCGCGGCAAUGCCCCGUGCUGCACGACACAACCGCCAUCCGUUACUGGCAUCUCCCCGGCACCGUGCGCGGGGGCCCGGUCCACGAGAGUUUCCUGCCGUUGCUCUGCGGCGGCCGCCAUGCGACGGAUCCUGGUUUGGACGGCACGUGGUGCCGCCGCCGCGAGAUCCCGACCCCCGUCGCAGGCGCCGAUCUGCAGCGGCCGUCGCGCGGAGCGGUGUGCUGGCGCAUGGCCCUCCCGGUGGACCUCGCCUGGGCCGUGCUGCGCUUCGCGGGCGACGUCCGCGGCGACGACGGGCGGCGCCUGGGGGUCGCCGGCUCGGAGGAGGAGCGCGCUCGGCUCGACGAGCGGGCGGCCCUCGAGGGCGAGUCGAUCGCCUGCGCCUGUCCUGGAGUUCACGACGACCAGCUGACCCCCGAGAUGUUCUUCGCUGUUCGGCACGUGGAGGUGGCCGCCCGCCUGGAGUACAUGGCCGAGGCCCGCGGGCUGCCGAAGCCGGCAAGGGGGCCCAGCGACGCGGUGGCGGAGGAGGAGCUCGGCGGAGAUCGCUCCGACGAUGACGGGGCCUUCGGCCUGGACGAGGCUCUGCCAGGUGAAGAUUCCUCCGCGGAGGAGCGCCAGGAAGUGGCAGACGCGCGAGAGGACAUGGAGGGCAUGAGACCUCGCUGGAGGCUGGCAGAGGACGAGUUCGACGACGUCGUGCACCGGACGGCGGCGGCCCAGGCGGCUAAGAGCAGUCGCGUGGGAGCGCACAAGAAAGCCUUGAUGGAAACGUUCUUGCAGUUGCAACGCCGCGCUUACGCCUGCGUUCGGCAGCCCUGCGCCGUGCCCGAGCGCGCCCCUCGGCUGGCGGCGAUGACUCCUGCUGACGUGCAGACCGCCAAGAAGAACCAGGACGCGAUCCGCGAACAGAGGGCCGCCCAGGACGACAAUCUGGAGGCCGCGGGCGCCGAUCUGCCCGUCGCCGCGGCGGCCUUCUCCGACGCGCCCGCGCCGUCGAGGCGCCUCGGCCCGGAGGAUGUGCCGAUCUCCCCGCUGCAGGCGGCGCUGACCCUCAUCGCCGAGUCUGGGGUCUGGAAGAGCAAGGAGCAGUACCUGGUGACGCUCUUCCUCCUUCAACCGAUACAACAACUGUGGCAGAAGGCCCUUGAGACGGACGGCUUGGACAGCUUGUCCACGGCCGCGGGCCUCGCAGCGGCCUCGAGAGACGUGCAGGUCCGCCGCGUCUUCCUGCACGGCCCGGGGGGCUCGGGGAAGACGUAUUGCAUGACCGAGGUGGUCAACAAGGUGGUCGUGCGUUUCUUCGGGCACAGGGGGCUGAAGCUCGUGGCCGCGGCCAACAGCGCCGCCCGCAUCCUCGGCGGCAAGACCAUGCACGCGGCGGCGAAGCUGACGCGGAAGCAGUCUCUCGCGGCGAGUAAAUUGAAACCCAACACCAGGGCGAAGAAGAAGUUGGAGGCCGAGUGGGAGUACCUUGUGCUCCUCCUCGCCGACGAGAUCGGCCUGGCGUCCCCCCCGCUCCUUGCGGGCCUGAGUCGCCGCGCGACUUUCGGCCGCAAGGACUUGCUGCGGCUGUGCGUGGCGAGGGCCAUCGAAGAGCCCUUCGGCCAGGUCCCCGUGCAGGCCAUCAUGGGCGACUUCAUGCAGAUCAACCCGGUCUGCAGCCACACGCUGCUGGAAGCCCUGCUGGCCCGCGCGCGCGUCCCCGGCGUGCCGCGGAAGAUCACGGACGAGGACGAAGACGGCUGGAAGGUCUUCAGGAAGAUGGCCUCCGACGUGGUCGUCUUCACUGGCACGCACCGCUUUCUCGACGAGGACCUACCGCUGCUCUUCGAGGUCAUGCGCACUCCGGGCGGGGCGAGAGUGCCUGACGACUUGCGCGCGAAGAUCAGAGAUCGCGUCCAGCGGGGCCCCGACGACCCGAGGAUGUCCAUGGACUACGAACUGGAGGGCGUUCGGGGCUUCUUCGCCCUCGGCGCUCGCGCGGCGAUCCAGUGGGAGCAGGUCGCGCGCCUGCAGCAGCUCCACGUGCUCGCCUCCGCGAGGGUCUGCCCUGGCCCCAGGGCCUUGCUCAACGGGGAGGACGGCCGGCCGGAUCUUCGUCGCCACGGCUUCAGCGCGGCGCAUUCGGGGGCGCGCGGGCAGCUCGUCUAUUAUUUCCAGGCCGUGGACCGCUUCAAGCACCACCAGGACCGAGACAUGUACCUCGAGGCGCUGAAGUUCAUGAACCUCUCCAAGAGCAACGGCCUGCCGGGCAUGUGCGCGGCCUACUUGGGCAUGCGAGGGCGGCUCACGAAGAAGGUCAUGGGGCCGGAGCUGGUGCAGGAGGCCACGGGCGAGGUCGUGGGCAUCCGCUUUCACCCGCGGGAGCGAUUCGGCUUCGGGGAGAAUCUCGGCGGCGGUUCUGAACGGCAGCGCGACCUUGCGAUCCAUAUCAGUUCGCGUCGGCAGUGCGACGCGACGCGGGCGUUUGCAGAUCUCGACCAGGUGGACUACACUGGCCUGGGCAAGCGGGGCGUGUUCCAUCUGGAGCCUGUGCAGGACGAGUGGGAGUUGCCCGUCGCGCGCGUGCAGACGGUGAAUCACCCGGGCGCGCCUCGGGCCAAGCAGUUCGUCGUCAAGAGCAAGCAGAAGAAGGGGCUGCAGGUCGCGCGCACGCAGCUCAGUUGGGCGCCCGAGGACCAGCUUACUUUCCAGAGCAUCCAGGGCCGCACUAUCCGCGGGCCCGAGGGCCAGCCCAAAGGUUUCGUCGUCGACCUCUUUCGGCCUGGCACGAUGCAGGGCGAGGAUCGCCGGGGGGAGUACUUCCAGCACGUCUGGAUGAUCCUUGGAAGAGCCAGGAAGCUGGAGUGGAUGCUGCUGCAGAACUUCCCGCUCGACGAGAGCACCGGCGAUCUGGACUGGUCGAUCCUCGAGCAAGGGCCGCCGGACUACCUCGUCGAGUUCUUGGGCGCGGCUGCGACGCUCAGCAGGAGGACUUCGCGCAGGAUGCUGCGCGCGCAGAAGGAGCUGGGGGCGCCGGCCUGGGAGGACGUGCCGGAGUGCCCGCUGGACCCCGACCAACAGGGCAGAUUCUUGUAUAUCGCCGAGGACUGGAUCAGGGCGGGCGCCGCCUGCGCCCGGCCCGUCGCAAGCGCCUCGGCCGAGGCGAGGCCCGACGCGGCCCCGCGGAGGAGACUCUGGGGCAAGAGGCCGCGCGAGGAACUGCGCUCGAAGACGGCCCGGCCGACCGCGCCGCCCGACGAGCCCGGGGGCGCUCCGCUACGGCGGAAGCGGUCGCGCGGCGAGGGCGCCGGGGACGAGGGCGAGCGGGCCUGCGCGCCUCCUGGCGCGGCGCCAGCCUCUUCGACGCAGUCGACCCUGCCGUCGGCGCCCUCGGCCAGCGCCGGCGGCUGGCACUGUUCCUUGCUCGGCCGCGCCAUCGGCCGACGAAGGAGCGCGCCCGCGUGGUUCAACAAUCCUCUCAUGGGCGAGGUCGACCCCGCGUCCGGCACCCAGCUGGGCCUCACGUGCGGUUUCUUCGCGGUGAACCAUUGCCUGGGCCACGCGGGCAUGCCGCAGCUGUCGGCCGAGGAGUUCCGGCAGGGCGCGGGAGACGGACUCUACCCCGAGGGGGAUUUCGACGACGGGGGGUUGCGUCAGAACCUCGCAGAGCGCGGGUGCCAUUUCGAUUUGUUGCAGGGCGCGGACCACCAGGACGCCAUCCUCGCCGUGGGGGACUCCGACAGCUGUCUGGCUGUCUUCAACGGCAACCACGCCUUGGGUGUCAUCCUGCACCAGCCAUGCCCUCGACAUUGGAUCGCGCUCGUUCGACCUCCAGAGGCCGUUCGAGACGGCGACGCCGCCUGGCUUUGCGACUCCUUGCACUCGGCGGUCUUCGCCCUUGAAGCCAGCGAGGUGCAGGACCUCCUCGGCCACGUUGGCUCGGCGCAGAUGGGCGCCGCGGACAGGGCCGGGAGCGAGCUCGACCGGAUGAGGGAGAUCUCCGACUGGUGUGCCUACAGAGUCCACCGCUGA